AUCGGCCAAACUCGGUUCCGGGCGUCCAGAGCUUCAACAGCAGAACGGCCGGUGUCCAUCCCAUUGUUGCCGCAACUUCCCUCUCGCCGGUCCCUCAUUCCAUCCCCCGUUCGCGCCCUAAUUCACCUGGAGGGCUCCGAAUUAAUACUCACUGGAGAUCAGUUUGCUCCAACCCCUCGUCCGAUUAGCGAAGUCGUUUUACGUCUUUCAUGCGUCUCGUGAGCAAGCAAUCAUAGUGGUUGCGCAUUCGUUUAAGCGCACUUUCACUGCUCCCUUCUCGACUUAUCUAUCCUAAAAUAUUGCGCAACGUAGACAGAUUCCGUCCCAACCCCGGUCUCCAGUUUGGCUUUGAACUCGCCCGAUCCGCCCUUUAGCUGGUCCUACUGUUUGUUACAGAGCCGCCAUGGCUCAAUCGGGAGACCAGGUCGUCGACCAGAUUGCGCAGCUGAAUGCUGCGCGUAAUCUCGUCCUCGGAGACGCCGCAUUCUACCCCCAAAUCGUGAACGGAGUCCUCCCAAUCAUCGGUGCGCACGCGCGAGUGGAAUUACGACGAUGGGGCACCGAAUUCCUGGCGGAGACCUUCGCCAGCCCUGCGUUUGCUACGGCCCAGAAGGAACAGUUGGCUACAAAUGUUUUACACACAGUACGGAGUAUCUUGGAGUUACCGGAACGGGAUCAAUUGGUCUUGAAGAAUAUAGUCCAAACCGCUGCCAGUUUGUAUCCGCUGGUCUUUAGGUAUAUUAUCAAUCAUCCAGAAGACAAGCAAUCCUGGGAGCAUAUCGAAGCCAUUAAACAGAAUAUUCUGCGGCGAUGGGAUUCCUUCUCGUAUCCCGUCAAGCUGUGCUGUAUCAAAUUUGCACAGCGAGUUGUUCUAGUGCAGACCCAUGGCUUGAUCGCCGAUCCUAGGCGGCCUGAGCAUAAUGAGACUUCAUUGGCCAUAGUUCCCCGAAAUCACUCUAUACUCUCUCUCCCAAGUCUAGAAGCAGAAUCAUCCGGUCUACUGGAUAGAAUCCUAUCCAUCUUUCAAGAGGACGCAAGUGACCCAAUCCUCGUGAAUGCAACGUUGAACUGCCUUGCUACCCUCAUCCGAAGCCGCCAGUCUAUUUCGAACAAAAUUAUCAGUGCUAUUCUCAACUUCCUUCCUGCACGGCAUGCGCGUUCGCCAGUGACACCCGCCGUACGGGUUGGCGUCAAGUCGAUGGAACGAACUACUCGAGCAUUAUUAAUAAACAUCAUGAAGCGGAAUCCAAGCCACCCCCUCGUAUCUAAGAUGCAGCAGCAUAUUGAACGGCUGAUGCAAUCUCGAAUUGAACAUGUUGAUGAGACAUCACGGAAACGCGGACUACCAACUGAACCAACUGAUGGCCUUGAUGCUGCCAAGCGCGCGAGGCUCGAUGCUGAAACCCCUCCAGUGAUCAAAGUGCCGCCGCUUCCCGCAGGCCGCAUAAGCUAUGCACAGCUCUUUACCCUAACAGAGGACACCGGUCUCUCUUCUUUCGAUGUGAAGCAGCUCCCUGCUGACCUCUUGGUCAAGAUUGUUGUUCCUCUACUAGCGCGCGUUGACCAGUCUUCAUUAAACCAAGUUGUUGAUGCCGUACGGACGCGGUACCAAACAGUUCAAAAGCAACAAAUGGCGCAGCGCCAGCCAGCAGCCGUAGAAGAGGAUGAUGACUAUGAGCCUGAAUACCAACCUAUGGACAUCACAUCUGCGGCGUCAGAUCAAGCGGGUGCGGCAUCGGCUGAUAUACCGGGCGAGCAGCCAGAUCUUGUGUCGUUGGGGCCAUUUGUCUUACCACGACCCCCACCGCUCAGCGAAGACCAAGCUGCAGAUGCUGGGCGAGGUGCUGUAGCGAGAGUUUUCGGAAUGUUAGGCUCCACAGCAGUGACUCCGAACCCAGUCAAAGGCCAAGGACAACAGCUCGGUUUCUCUAGGCUAGCUGGUAGUACGUUUGACCGUGACGCCUGGGUAACAUUACUUACCCGUCUUGCGACUCGAGCUCCGUCUGGACUAGAGACCGGUCCGAAGCCGGAAGCAGACCGGAGGAGGCCCCGAAUCUCAGACUCUAUACGGGAAACGCUCUACCGCUACAUACUAGAAGACUUUAGAGGUCGAGUCAAUGUCGGCAUCAUGUGGCUGAACGAGGAGUGGUACAAUGACCGAAUCCAGAUGAAGGUCGCCGCGUCCAACCGCACAGAUGAAGACGAGGAAGUUUCGGUGACCCUGAAUUACGAUCCCUGGGUCUUACGGCUGCUGGACGGAUUCUUGCCUUAUCUUGAUUCCCGGGAUAUAAAAAUCUUCAUCCGAUUUUUGAGCGAGAUCCCGGAAGUCACUAUCCCAAUCGCGAAGCGCAUUGCCAGCUUAGCAAAGGAUCCUGAGCGCGUGAACCUCUGUGUUCAGUCCUUCAUGUAUCUGAUAAUGUUCCGCCCCCCAGCGCGAGAGAUAUGCCUGGACGCCUUGGAGGAAGUAUAUCAGAACUAUGAAGAAUCGCGCCCCUCCGCUGGCAAAGUCCUAACUCGAUGGCGCCCACAAAGAAUCGAACAACUCCAAGCCGAACAAACCACACUUGUAAACCGCACCGUCGAGCCUCAACACCCACCCAGCGCAACGUUCGCAAACGGAGUCCGAGACCCAAGAACCGCACACCUUACCAACUCCCAAUCAUCCUCCGAUACCACCGUCUCAUGAUCAAUUGAGUACAUUACCCUCAUCCACAUCUUGAUCUGAGCUCUGAGCGUUCUUCAAAUCCUGAUACUUAUAUCCCAUUCAAAUCUUCUUUCUUUCUCUCGGCUGAGAAUCGUGAAUAUUUCGGGUUGGCGUUCUGGAUUUGUGUAAAUUUGUGUGGCGAGACAGCAGCCAGGAACUGCUCUGGUCGAGGACAGUUCCUUUUUUAUUGUAAAGGUUAGGAUGUGAAGAUGUAUUAUAUCAAGAUGAGUUGAAACAGUGCCAAACAAAUAUGGAAUGUAUAACGCAAUCCUUCAGGUUGGCUUGUGGUUAUAAUACCAGAUACAACCAUGGGUUGGAUCUGUGGUCCGAAAGUCAAAUUUAAAAUUUACUCCUGUAUGUAAACAAAGCUUAUCUCGAGUUGAGAGAGAAAUUAUGGGGCUGAAUGAGCCCUGUUAUAUAUUUGAGUAGCGUCUUUAACGUAGGGAGACCUAAAUAGUUCCCUUGCUAAACCUGAAUACCCCUUCUAUAUGUAUAUAUAUAUAUAUAUA